AUGGUGCAGCCAAAUCACAGUCCGGUGACCUUCGCCAAGGACACGGAUGUCUCGUUGUCAAGUCUUCGCCCAAGCGAUUCGAAUCCAUCACUAAGAGUUGUGAGCAAUCGACCCCCAUUUUUUCGCUCCACUGGCUCGAAGACUGUUUAUCGAAAUGCUCUGCUCAAAGUCGGAAACAUUCAAGGAGAAUCCAGCGAGAAGGACCUGCCUGUCCCUCCGGUUCUGACGCCUACCGACCCAGUAACGAUGAUGUUGCACCCUUCGCCAGAAGAGUUUGGUGGCCAUGGACAGCAUAACCAUGGGGGCCACCAUGGUGCUUCCAAAGUUCGCCCUGCUCUAGAAGGCGAAAUCAAAACGGCUACGGACAGCGAUGACAACUUUCCGUUUGCUGUGGGCGAUUCGCAAGCACAAAACCACCACCAUGAUGGCCAUCAUGGGCAAUCAAGGGGAUUUCUCCCUGGAUUUGGAGACAAAAGCCAGGAUUUACCUGCAAGUUUCGAGGAGCAUGUGGAGUCUGGCAUCAUGAUACGAGACAAAUCCAAGCUUGUCGCACAGUCUGGAGAUGCCCAUUUGAAAACUGGGAUGCCCGGCACCCAAGCGUCAGAUAGGAGUGCAUCUGAUGGAACAACUUUGGAGGGUAAAAGGAUGAUCAGUCCGGGUGAUUUUACCUCCAGUAUGGAGCAAAAAAACCUAGCGGAGGAUACUUCUGUCGGUAUGGACGUCUUGCCGCGGUCACUAACAGUUGACAUGUUGAGGGAUCGACUUGACGAAUGGAAACGUACACGCAACGGUGAACAACGCAGGCUAUCAGAAGAUGAGUUGUUGUCCGCCGAAACGGCUGAUCAACUCAAGCAAAGAUUCUUCCCCGAAGGAUUGGAUCGCAAGCGAGCGGUUCAGUGGAUUCGAGAUCUUCUCAAACCACGGAGGCCCUACACUCCUAAAUUCACCCAGUUACCGGGGAAGCAGCACCCGCGUCACGAGGCCCAUGAAGACUUUCCAGACCAUGCUCGUAGUGCAUUGACCACCAGAGUGACUACCUUCUCUGAUCAGAAUGAGACAGACUCCGGGUCCAUGAAUGAAGCGAUGAGAAACCUGGAGCAGCUACUGAGCGAAGCUUUGCACAUCGCAAAUGAGGUUGCAGGCCAGGACCGAGGGCAUGUGGACGAUGACCAUCUUCACUUGUGUCCCAUGGAAUCAUCCCAUCACGGCUCCCACCCACCCAGUAUACAUGAAAGUCUUGAAGAAGAUAUGUCUACUGAAGACGAGGACAAGGCUGAUCUGGCAAUGAGGCAACCUAUAGUCUUUGUGGGAGCCAACGAGGGAUUUAUUCACGGCUGCGACGCAAUUUCCUUCAGGGCUCUCAAGCGCCACGGGCUCGUGAUGCCGGACAAUUGCGAUGGUAAAGUCAGAGGACCAGCUCCACCUGACCGACGAUCCAGCCUUCGCCGUCAACCGAAGUACUAUAGAAGAGCUGAUCGUUCCCGAAGGAGUCCAGUCUUACCAAUGCCUCCACCGGACAAACAGCUCAAAAGACAACGCUCAUAUGAUACUCAUUUGGCGUACGAAGACGAUAAUGAGGGAAGGAUUACUCAACCUCACACAAAGGCUGUACCAAACAGCAGAGAGGUCCGCGAAUACAUCCGGGUCUUUCACGCUCCCCCCAUCACGGCCCGUGAAAGCUCUAGAAACUUGCGAAAACUCUCCAACAACCAUAUGGCGUACGCUAUAAAACAGGAUAAGAAUGUUUCUAUGCUACGUCGCGCACCCACAGAUAUCUGCAGCUUGGACGGCAGCGCAUCAGACGAUGUUAUUGAGUUCACAACACCAUCUCAGAGUGAGCCAAGAUCUCGAACAGUCAGCAAGUUGAAAUCCCCACAAGACCAUGCUUACACAGCUCCUCUCGUAGGCAACACGGGGAACAUACACCAACGAACACCCUCCAAGCGAGGCCGUGACCUGCGAAUCGUCAGCUUGCGCGGAAGAUCCCAUGUCAGUAUAAAAGAUGCGAAGUUCAGUUUAACCAAAUCGUAUCGCCGCCAACCCAUUGCGAGAGACUGGUCUGUGGCACGGAAACGGUUCGUGGCCAUCGUGGUCUGUCUCGGGACUGCUUUGAUUGGGAUUCUCACAGGCAUCUACGCAGGAGUAGUUCCUGCUGUUCAGUAUUACAUUGCCGACACCAACCACAUUGCGAUUCUAGGCAACGUGGCAAUGUAUCUUGGCAUGGCACUACCGACAUUCUUCUGUUGGCCGUUGCCGUUAUUGCAUGGUCGUCGUCCAUAUAUCCUAUCAGGUCUGGCUCUUGCAAUGCCUCUCAUAUUCCCCCAGGCCAUAACAGUAAGCGUCCACCGAUCUGCGAGGACUAACGCAUGGAAAUGGGCGCUGUUACUCCCAAGAGGCUUCAUGGGUGUUUCCCUGGGAUUUGCAAACAUGAACUUUCACUCCACUUUAACCGACUUGUUUGGCGCAUCCCUAAUGAGCAGCAAUCCCCACCAAGAGGUUGUUGACGAACACGAUGUACGAAGGCAUGGAGGUGGCCUAGGAGUGUGGCUUGGGGUAUGGACCUGGUGCUUCAUCGGUUCUCUGAGUAUUGGAUUCAUGGUGGGUGCUCUGAUCAUCGACAACCUGGCACCUGCGUGGGGAUUCUACAUCAGCAUCAUAUUGAUCGCCAUCGUCUUAAUGCUGAACGUCAUGACACCUGAGGUACGCCGCUCUGCAUGGAGGCGAUCGGUGGCAGAAUCCAGGACUGGCGAUCGAGUUUCCCGCCGCGUGGCGCGUGGUGAGAUCAUGAUGCACCGAGUCCAAGACGGUCCGAAAUGGUGGGGACAGGAAGUAUGGCACGGCGCGGCUCUCUCGUUAGAGAUGCUUCGUCAGCCUGGCUUCACUAUCAUGGCUGUAUACUUGGCUUGGAUUUAUGCACAGGUAGUCUUGGUCAUCAUCCUCCUUGGAUCGUUGACAUCAAGGUACUACAGACUCAGGGCUACAUAUGUCGGCGCUGCAGUAUCUUCGGUAGCCAUCGGCGCCAUGGCAGCUGUACCUUUCCAGAAGGCGAACCUCUUUUCACGUGCGAGGCAUCAUCCUUCACUAUCAAACCAGCUGACGAUUGACAAGAAGUUAACGUGGACCUCGCAUCUAGUGCGCCGUGCGAUUUUCACAAUCAUCCUGCCAAUUGCAGGCGUGAUGUAUGCCGUGGUCUCAUUCGGCCCUCCCGUACACUUGCUCUUCCCAUGUCUGUUCGCGGCUAUCGUGGGCUUUUCGUCCUGCUUAGCGAUUGCUGAAUGCAAUGGCUUCCUGAUGGAGACUUGGGAUUGCUCUGACCUGCAGCCAGGAAUGACUGGGCGAUCCAAAAGCAUAAAGAGUCUCAAAAAAACCAACUACUCAUCGUUUCCCAGGGUUCAAGCGGGCUACGCUGUCAUACACAGCCUGGGAUUUAUAUUUGCGGCGGGCGCAACAGGCAUCGGUGGUAUUGCUCAACGGAGCCUUGGCCAACGAGCCGCAACUGCUGUUGUCGCUUCUAUCCUUCUCCUUCUGACGUUGCUGCUCUUCGCCGUCCUGGCCCGCUUUAGGCAGGUUCAGAUCAUCCCUAGAUCCAGAACAAUGGAAAUGGACAAGUGGACGGAGGAACGCAGGAGCACUUUGCGCCGCCGAAAGUCUGCCGAUCGCAAAGACCGCAACGACGUCCCCGAGGAAAAGAUCGACUGGAGACCGCUGAUUAUCGGAAAUCCUUUGGAGAAGAACCGGCGGGUGAAUAUUCUUGAACUUGGUGCCUUGACUCGAUGGACUGAAAUACGCAAGAGAAAUCUUCUUAUCGACCAGAGUGCGCAUCUCAACCGGCAGGCGCUUGACCUCGCCCGCCGCGAACUUGGACAGAGAGGCCAGGAUAUGCUGGAAGACCUGCAUCGUGGGGGUGCCAUGGUUACCGACCUCGUCCGGAAAGUAAGCAAGCGGAGCGUCCAAAGCAAGAACAGUUACGGAUCUUCGACCGACGAUGAGGACUCGCGGCUCCCACGUGAGGGCAUCGUGCAGACCCCUGCGGGCAUCGGGCACACCCAUGCAUCGAACACGCCCCCUCCGUUCGUAGAGCGAGACUGCUUCAUAGGGCAGAGUGUUCCUGAAGAAGUAGAUGAUGACUCUUCAGUCAUCGAGGUUGGUAAUAUUGAAGAUGACUACAACCUACGACACCACUCGAGAGACCAUGCAUCGCAUGCACACUCAAAAGUUCGACCAUACGAAGAGUUCGAGAUGCAAAACCUCAGGGGCACCGAGCCUCGAAGUACACCCGCCAAAAAAGAGAGUCCAGAUCUUCCCUCCACGACAAGAACGGUCUCGGGCAUCACUCGCGAGCACCACUCACAUACGGGACCGAAAGUGCAGCCCGCAGAUCCCAAGAAAGCGGAGCUCGAGGAAGCCCACGGCUCUCACAUGCAGAGCAAGGUCAAAUCCUCGGCUGGUUCUCAAACCAAACCCUGA